AUGGGUUUGCCGAUCGCGUCUCCAGCUGCCACAGUGUAUGGCGGCUGUCCUGGUAUUACGUGUGUUCUACUGUAUAACGGCUGCCCCAGUGUAUUGAGGCUGCCCCAGUGUGUUAAGGCUGCCCCAGUGUGUUACGGCUGCCUCAGUGAACUACGGCUGCCCCAGUGUAUUAAGGCUGCCCCAGUGUGUUACGGCUGCCCCAGUGUAUUAAGGCUGCCCCAGUGUGUUAAGGCUGCCUCAUGUAUUAAGGCUGCCCCAGUGUGUUACGGCUGCCCCAGUGUGUUACGGCUGCCCCAGUGUGUUAAGGCUGCCCCAGUGUGUUACGGCUGCUCAGUGUGUUACGGCUGUCCCAGUGUGUUAAGGCUGCCUCAGUGUAAAAAGGCUGCCCCAGUGUGUUACGGCUGCCCCAGUGUGUUAGGCUGCCCCAGUGUGUUAUGGCUGCCCCAGUGUGUUACGGCUGCUCUAGUGUGUUACGGCUGCCCCAAUGUGUUACGGCUGCCCCAGUGUGUUAUGGCUGCCCCAGUGUAUUAA